UUUUCUUCUUCUCCCUCUUUCUUCGCACUUCAUUCAGUCUCUCACUCCCGGGUCUCACACGCUCCUCCCGCGACCCUCGCAGCCCGAGAUCAGCUUCACACUGCCGCGAGUGUUUCACUGAAGCGCCGCUGGAAACAAUGGGACCGGAGCCGCUUUGUGUCGGACAGAGACUGACCCGCUCCUCUGUGUUUGUUUAGGACUUUCUGCUAAUAGACUCAUAUAAUAAGGAUCUCAUUAUCAAGCAACAAUGGGCUGCUGCAGCGGACGGUGCACCCUUAUAUUUCUGUGCACGUUUCAGUUGAUGGUGGCAUUAGAGAGGCAGGUGUUUGAUUUCUUGGGCUACCAGUGGGCUCCUAUCCUUGCAAACUUCUUCCACAUCCUGGUUGUUAUCCUGGGUCUUUUUGGCACCAUUCAAUACAGACCUCGCUAUAUUGUGGCGUAUACUGUGUGGACAGCGCUGUGGGUGGCCUGGAACGUCUUUAUCGUCUGCUUCUACCUGGAGGUUGGAGGUCUAUCAAAGGACAGCGAUCUCUUGACCUUUAACAUCUCGGCACACCACUCCUGGUGGAGCGAGCAUGGGCCAGGCUGUAUCCGAAGAGAGAUCCCCGCCAGCGGAGACCACAGUGCAGACACACAGUCCUAUAUAUCCAUCAUGGGCUGCCUGCUGGAAUACCAGUACAUAGAGGUCCUGCACAGCAGCUUCCAAAUCCUUAUCUCUCUGCUGGGUUUCAUCUACGCCUGCUACGUCAUCAGUGUCAUCACAGAAGAGGAGGACAGCUUUGAUUUUAUUGGUGGAUUUGACCCAUUCCCACUCUACCAUGUCAAUGAGAAACCAUCUCAUCUUCUGUUAAAGCCAGUGCAUCAGUCUUCGUAAAUGAAAGAGUGUUGUGAAGAAGAGCCGCUCUGCCCAUUCCUCCUCUCUGCUCUUCACCUCUUCACCUUUAAAACACUUUCUAGCAACCCUAAAUCAGCCCUUUCUGGAGAAUUGGAGAAUUGGCUCUCUGAUUACCAUCUCUGGACAAAACACAGUUACUCCAUCCAGCUGCCUCAUUUAGAUGCUCUUAUACAAGUGGCUGUAAAACAUAUCUAAACAAAAAGGUCCAGUAUUUUGUUGGUGUGGUGUGUGGUCCACGGGUUUGAGUUAUUCAAGGGGAGUUCAGUUGUUGAUGUUCACCGAGUUCCAGCUCUGUUUGUGUGUGUGUGUGUGUGUGUGUGUGUGUGUGUGUGUGUGUGUGUGAGUGUGAGGAGGGCCACCGUGUGCUGUUUACCUUCACAUGGGAUUUGCACAGUAAAACUGAGGAGGGAGCCAAGAGGAGGAAAAUGGGUGCGGCCCAAAAAACAAGACAUAGCAAGCUGACCUCCUACAAAAUAGAAGCAAAGGAAGCAUAACAUAUAAAUACAAGAAACAAUUAGAGCUUUUCUGAGUUGUUUUCUGUCAUAGUGUGAUGUAUAAUUCUCAUGAUUCACUGUCAAAUUCAGUUUUAGUCUUUUUUUUCUAGUUUUAAGUCUUGAUUUAUAUGCAGUGAAUCCCAAAUUAGACACUCAAAUCACACUAAACAAUGCAUAACAGUAAUUACAUUAGAUCAAAUAUACAUCUGCCUGAAGAAUCUAAUCACACUCAUUUGUUUUCGGAUUCUUACUGGUUUGAUUUGCAUCUAAUGCAAUGACAUUUGUGCAUUUUAAGUGUGACUUGAGUUGUUUUGGGGUCACUGUGCAUGCCGUGAGUAUUUUUUAUGUUAAUAAUCAUCAUUUAUUGCACAAUGUGUUUGUAUCAAUCUUCGAGUUGGGGCUUCCUCUGGUAGUCAGUCAGAACUGGCAGUACACUUAUUACAUAACCUCAUUCUGUUUUCAUAAUUAAUAUUAUAAUAGGACUGGCUGAUGUUAUGAAAGACAAAACGGUUCUUUCAUCUGAAUGGUGCUUGUAAUCAAAUAUUAGUUUGUGAACAAAUCGUCAGCAUGUCCUUAUGUGAAUGAGUAACGGUUGAGUGGCUGUCAAUGUCUUUCACUGUAGAUGCAGAGCUACUGUAACUGUUUACUGGAAACAUAAACCUCAAAGCACAAAUGACUGACCUGACAUGUAUCAUAGUGUGUAUGACAUGUUUUAAUGAGAGGGACUGUGUAUUUCUCGCCAAAUUUAGAUGUGAAGGCAAAAGGCAAAAGGUCAGUAUGUAUUUUCUAGCUUUCAUAGUCUUAGCUUUCAUACUUGUAAUCCCAGAUGUUUCAUAUCAUAAGACUUGUGUACUGUAUUGGCAGCAUUUUUGGUCCUAGUGGACUGAUGGUAAAGGAACAGGGCAUAUUGAGGUCUUAAAGGAAUAGCUCACCCUUGCUCUUGCCAGUAUACCUUUAGUUUCCCCUUGGAAUGCAAAAGGAGAACUUUUGAAGAAUGCUCAUGUUGCGCUUUUGCAUACAGUUAAAAAGGUCAAACAAAGCACUUUAAAAGUGGCCAGUCUUAAAAAUACAGGACCUUUAUUGGCAUCUGUGGUUCCAUGAAGAAACUUUAACAUCCAUGGAAAAACGUAAUUACACGAAAUUACAACAAUUCUUCAUAUUGUUCUAUCCUUUAAAAAAAUGGUUCUCUGCAAGGUUAAGUAUGUUCCAAGUCGUCAGAAGUCAUACAAUAGCUUUGUGCUUUUGUUGUAUGGAAAAGAGCAGCAUGAACAUUCUGCAGAACGUCAUCUUUUGUGUGCCACAUAUGUAAAUCAGCAGUUUUAUAAUGAUAUGAUGGUGAGUGAAAAUAAAACAUGAUAAUGAUCAUUUUUAGUUGAACUACUCCUUUAAACAUUGUAAGGGUUCGGGGAAGUUUUAGCAAUUAGUCUGUUAACUAAAUGGCAAAAACAAACAUUUUCAGCUUAAUAACAUUAGCUUGCAGUUAUCUUGUACAAUGUUCUGUUAGGUCCUCAUCAAUCUAUCAUGCCCCCUAGUGUUCAAUGUCUUUCUGUACAAGACAACUCAACUCUAUGGACCAGGAAAACUGCAUUUUCUACCACUCUCUGAAAAUACCCAUGUACAUUUGUAAUUGUAGCAUUUAGAAUAUUCAAUAUAGGACAGCAAUGAUAGUCUGCUGCAUAAAUGUUAUAAGGAGAAAAAGAAUGAUAUAGAUUUAUAUCACACCUCUCCUCUCAUCUUUAGGUUUUCUUUUUACAGGUGUUUUUUGUAAGCACUUUUUGUAUCUCUUUUCUGUGUUUGGUCUCUUCUCCAUAGUUCUUCAUUGACUGCCUGUCCAUCAACACGUGUUUGCUGACCAGAGUGUAAAUAGAUGUUUGUUAAUAAAAGUAUGCUUUUCAU